AUGCAAGUUAAGUCUGUGCUAGCUUCUGCUUUAGUAGUUUCAUCUGCUUUAGCUGCUUCUAACUCUACCGCAAGUGUUCCAUCUUCAUGUUCUAUUUCUUCCACUGCUACUGCUACUGCUCAAUCUGAUUUAGACAAAUUUGCUGGUUGUUCGACUAUCGCUGGUAAUUUACUUAUCUCUGGUGACUUAGGUUCUGCUGCUUUGAGUAACGUUCAGAAAAUUAACGGUGAUCUAACUAUCUUUAAUGCUACUAACUUGUACUCUUUUUCUGCUGACUCUUUAGUUACUAUUACUGGUGAUUUGACUUUGCAACAAUUAACUCUGUUAGCUAGCGCUAAUUUACCUUCUUUAUCCUCUGUGAACUCCAUCACUUUGAUCACUUUGCCAGCUAUUGAAACUUUCACUUCUAAUCUAAAAACUGCUAACACUAUUUACGUUUCUGACACCACUUUAGAAAGCGUCGAUGCCUUCGCUUCUUUGAAAUCUGCUAAGAGUUUCAACAUCAACAACAACAGACAAUUAACCUCUGUUAUUUCUUCUUUAGAAUCCGUUUCUGAUGCUUUGGAAUUUUCUUACAACGGUGAUGCUGCUGUUGUUGCCUUCGACAGUUUAGUUUGGGCUAAUAACAUUACUUUAAGAGAUGUUGCUUCCGCUUCUUUCAGCUCUUUACAAAAUGUCAACGCUUCUCUAGGUAUUUACAACAAUACUUUAACUAACUUCACUUUAGCUAACUUAACUAAAGUCGGUGCUUCUUUAUCAUUCACUAACAACAACGAAUUAACUAGUCUUGACUGUUCUAACUUAACUUCCGUUGGUGGUGGUUUUGUUAUCGCUAACAACACUGAUCUAGCCACCAUUGAUGGUUUCAGCAGCCUACAAACCGUCGGCGGUGCCAUUCAAGUUAUCGGUAACUACAGUUCUUUAGAUUUAUCUUCAUUGAAGUCUGUUAGAGGUGGUGCUGAUUUCGAAUCAAGCGCUUCUAACUUCACUUGCUCUGCUUUGAACAAAUUGAGUUCUAACGGUGCUAUUCAAGGUGACUCUUUCGUUUGUAAGAACGGUGCUACUUCUACUUCCGUCAGUUUAUCUGCUACCUCCAGCUCCCGUUCUUCUUCAUCAUCCGGUUCUUCUGCUUCCAGCUCUAGUUCUUCCACUAAGUCUAGCUCCAGCUCCAGCUCUAAAUCCUCUAAAGGCGCUGCUGUUUCCUUCGCUCCAGCUUCCAAUUUCAUGGGUGCUGUUGCUGCCGUUGCUUUAGCUCUAUUAUAA